AUGGCAGUACAUUCAUUUGAGAAGAGCCUGGCGCUCAAAGUUAUCAUUUUCUACGCCCUGGCCUUGAUUACGGGGGCAACGGAGUGUUAUUAUCCGAACGGCACACCGGCUGAUGGGGAUGUUCCUUGUCGUGGGGAUGGAACGGCGAGUGCCUGUUGCGGCCCAGACGCCGUCUGCCUGACGAAUGGACUGUGUCUGGCUAUCGAGCAACCAUUCGGCCUGUCGCGCGGGAGCUGCAGCGACUCAACAUGGCAGUCUGACAACUGUGCUCAGUAUUGCGGAAUGGACUAUGGACCUGCCGGCGGAGCAGCUUUAGUACUCUUCAACAGCACGGGCUCGGACUCAUACUACUGCUGCAACUCUGUUAUCGCAGAAGACAACGCCGCGACCUGCAGCAACUCCAUGACCGGUGAACCCUCAACACCCUUUAAAGUGAACAACGCAGAACUCGUCCCCGGAGUGGCCGCCCUGUCCAACCUGGUCAAGAAGUCAAAAUUGUCGCAUAUCGCCUCCCAUGCCGCCCCCCAAACAGAACCAACAAAGCACACCACGAAUUCGAGUACAGAAGAGCUCAAUUCCAACAACACAACCUGUGACUCGAACAAAGAUGUAGCAAUCGGGGCUGGCGUCGGCGUUCCCCUCGGACUCCUGGCGAUCGCGUUCCUCGUCUGGGCAUUGUGGGAGCGGAGAAGAAGAAUGCAGGCCGUGGCAGCGGCUUUGGCAGCCCACAAGAACGCUGAUUCUCAUGACCUUGUGCGUGAGCUUCCUGCGUCUAUUCCGGCCCGAGUAGAACUCGAGAGCGUUUCGGGUAGCUGCAGCAGAACAGACGGUUCCUAUCACAACGGAUCAUACCGUUAA